AUGAGCCCGAAAGAGAUCGGAGUCUAUCAUGUCUUCUAUUUGAGACAUGAGAGAAAGAUGGUUGGGGGCAACGAAAGGCCUUCUGGAAAAAUGAGACAAGCUCGCUUCGACGUGUCCCAAGCAGGCGUUGGUUUUUCUUGUUCCAUUGUUGGUGAAGAAACUCGGGAUUUUGGCUUUUUUCCUUUCUUUCUUCUUUUCCUAGGAACAAGAUAA